CGACGCGCUCCGUCGUGUGCUCGUCGAGUGAUUCGCGGUAACCGGCGCGUCACCAUGUCGGUCGUCACCUCCUCUGUCGCGAACCUCAAGCCCGCGGCGCGCGUCUCGCCCCGCGUCGCGUCCCGCCGUUCGUCCGUCACCGUUCGCAACGCCACCAUCGGCGACAAGUUCGGCGACGCCGCGAACAAGCUCAAGAAGUCCAUCCCCAACGUCAAGCUCCCGGACGUUCCCAACGUCAAGCUCCCGGACGUCAAGGUCCCGGUGCCCGGUGAGAAGCGAUCGCCGGGGUACGUCCCCGCGGGCACCGGCGAGAAGCUCUACGUCGGGCAGGGGAAGUACAUCGAGGCGGACAAGGACGGCUUCGUCCAGAAAACCGGACGCGACUCUCAGCUCGUGGGAGGUUUCGCGGGCGGCGAGAAGGGCUUCUGGAAGUACCGCGAGAUCCUCGAGGACGACCCGACGAUCGUCAAGAAGAAGGAGACGAAGAUCCCGGGCGUCCGCAAGGGUACCAAGGAGGUCAACCUCGCGAAGGAUUUCGGCGGGCUCGCGGGGGGCUUUCCCGGCGGCGAGGUCGGCGUCAAGGCGUACAACGCCACCGGGAACAUUCCCACCCGGGACGCGCCCCCGACGAUCGGCUGGGGUCCCCCGGUGCUGCUCCUCGCCGCCAUCGGAGCCGCGGGCUACUACCUAAACCCCGGGGAUCCGGUGGAGGAGUUCAACACCGCGGUGUCCAGCGUGGAGGGCGCCAAGGCUACCAUCGACGCGUCGCUGUCGCCGGAGCAGGAGAACCUGGUGUUGGAGGGUGCCGGCGUCGCGCUCGCGGUCCUUCUCGGGUCUUCCGUCGUGGGUAGCGCGGUGAAGAAGGUCGGGGAGGGACUCGGGAACGUUCUCAAGACCGGACUGCUCGGAGCAGCCGCGCUCGGGGUGGCUGGUAAGAUUUUGGAAAUCUGGUAAAACAAAAGGCGAAAGCCGCGCUUUUUUCGCUUGGUGUAAAUAACGAGAGUAGUCACCUCAUCAC